GUGGGGGAGGAGCCACAAAAGGGAUUGUGGGAGAAAGGCUUCUUCCUUUCCUCUAGUGGCAGCCAUCAGGUGAGCCAAGAUGGGUGCAUACAAAUACAUCCAGGAGCUGUGGAGGAAGAAGCAGUCCGACGUGAUGCGCUUCCUUCUAAGGGUCCGCUGCUGGCAGUACCGCCAGCUCUCUGCGCUGCACAGGGCUCCCCGCCCCACCCGGCCUGAUAAGGCGCGAAGGCUGGGAUACAAGGCUAAGCAAGGUUAUGUCAUUUACAGGAUCCGUGUCCGCCGCGGUGGUCGCAAGCGCCCAGUUCCUAAGGGUGCAACCUACGGCAAGCCUGUCCACCACGGUGUUAACCAGCUGAAGUUUGCCCGAAGCCUUCAGUCUGUUGCUGAGGAGAGAGCUGGGCGCCAUUGUGGAGCUUUGAGAGUCCUGAAUUCCUACUGGGUUGGUGAAGAUUCCACAUAUAAAUUUUUUGAGGUUAUCCUCAUUGAUCCAUUCCAUAAAGCUAUCAGAAGAAAUCCCGACACCCAAUGGAUUACCAAACCAGUCCACAAGCACAGGGAGAUGCGUGGGCUGACAUCUGCUGGCCGCAAGAGCCGUGGCCUUGGAAAGGGCCACAAGUUCCACCACACCAUUGGUGGGUCUCGCCGUGCAGCCUGGAGAAGGCGCAACACUCUUCAGCUCCACCGUUACCGCUAAUUGACGUAAUAUUUGUAAAAUUCAUAUCCAAUAAACAACUUAGGACAGUCCUCUCUGCUCACAGGUGUUAUUUGUCUGUUAGAACUAGCCUGCGGGUCGUGAGUGCUCUGUGGGGGAUGGGAGCUAAAGUGCAGUAGUAGGAAACGGCGAGUGGCGGCGCGUCUUGUUUCUGAUGUACUCUGUUUGCAAUUUUUGCUUAGGGGAUUAAGUGUAUAGUGUUUGUGCCAAGUGGUAUCCUGUGUGUAAGACUUAAAGUCCUGAAACUAGCCUAGAUGCAUGAGAGAGAACCUACAGCUUUACAGUGGGGUCUCUGUUCACUGAAGUGGCUGGCUGCUUGGAAGCUGGAUGAGUACAGACAGGGAGUUGGAUUUUGCUUAGAAAUAUGUAGGAAGAGAGGGCUUCAAACCUGUUUUGUGACUAUUCAUAGAAGAGAGAUCAACUAUAGCUCACAUUUUGAGAAUUGAAUCCGUGUUCCAUUUUCAGAACACUGGGUAAAUUUGUUGGAAGAGGUUUCACUUCUGUUGGAUCUAGAGCAUAGGUUUGACAUGUGUGGAUUUUGAAGCUAGUGAAGAUUGAACAGUGGAUAGGGAAGGGCAGAUUAUUUCCAUUAGGAUUUAUAAGCUAGUAACCAUGUGGUUGCAAGUUCCUGUCAACCAAGCAAACACAGUAAGUGGUGUCAGGCUUACAAACAUUAAGCUUUAGUAGCAGCUGGUGUGUGAAGAGGCAGGUGGAUCUCCAAUUCCAGGACUGCCUACAGUAUAGAGAAAAUGUCUCUAUUCCCGUCCAUAAUAGAGCAAAACCAAAAAUUGGGGGCUUCCAAUCAAUUCGUCUUGGGUAAGGAACGUCCAUUGGUAGUUUGAUUUCAUUGUUUACAGUCUGCCCGUGGGUAGAUGCUCAGGUUGCUGUCUCCUGGCAUUGCCUGGACAUUCUACACUCAUAAAGGCCACACAUGCCACUAUGUUUUAUUUCUAUUUGUGCCAUGCCUUGUAGUUUCCCAAAGUGAUUUGAGUGGAAAAAGCAGAAAUCGUCCCUAUUACAUCUGGGUUUGCUCUUUUGGACAGCAGCUAGCUUGGUAUCCAAGUCUAAGUGAUGCUUUUAUUAAACCGAUUUUUCCUUGGAGAUUUUUAAAGGAAGAUUUGAUUUCCAGAAAAUACUUGAGACCUAAAAUUCUCAGCAAAACAAGUCACUGUGUGUAGAGGUUGUUCAACUAGAAUAAUAAAUGUCUGUUAAACAAGUGGA